AUGUCUGUUUCCUUUCCAAAUGUUUAUACCCACCGCAAGGUCGCCGAUACUGCCUCUAAGCCAUGCGAACUUUGUUACAAGCCAAGCACAAGCGUUCUGGUGACUCCGGAAAAUAAAGACUUUUUCUUUGUAUGCCCCGGUCAUCUCAAAGACAAAGGUUUUUGCAGCCCCAUAAUAGACGAGGCUGCGGUGGCAGCCAAGAAAAAGAAGGAGAUGGAAGCCGAGAUAGAACGAGUCAAGAAAGAGUUUGAAGAGAAGCAAAAAAAGAAGAAGGAAAAAGAGAAGGAGAAGGAGAAGGAAAAAGGAAAAGAGAAGGAAAAGGACAAAAAUAAGAAGGAUGACGAAAAGGACAAGAAUCCCGAGGAGAAGAAGAAGACUGACGAGGCUGGAGCCGUUGCACCAGAAGAAGAGCCUCGGAUUUUCUCUCUGAAAAAGGCCUUCUAUUCACAACGAUUGGACAAGAAGAGAAACGCAGAAAUCGCAAAACGAAAUCGAGAACGGCUCCAAAAUCCAGAUUUCUUCCCUUCAGUUCCCAAAGACCUACCUUAA